UUUGACACUGACAUUGAUUUGUUUUCUUUUAAAUUUGAGGUUAUUGUCGGAAUUUAUUUCAUUAUUUUGUUGAAGAUUUCUUUGAAUUUGAAACCCAUAAUGAGUUAAUGAGUAUGAUUUAAAAUUAAAUGUAACACGAACAAUAAAAAAUGGCAGUAUCCUUGGUUUCCUUACGUUUUACUUGUUUUAAGUCCGCAAUAGUACGGGCAGUGUUUUAUUCAUCUGAACCCAAACAGGUUUCUAAAGCUAUAAGAGGAAAAGUUGUGAAUGUGGCUAUAAUCGGAUCUCCUAAUUCAGGAAAGAGUACUUUAAUAAAUAACAUUGUUGACAGGAAAAUAUGUGCAGCUUCAAAUAAAGUCCACACUACAACAAAAAUGGUCAGAGCCAUGUGUUUUCAAAAUGACACACAAAUAAUAUUUUUGGACACUCCAGGAGUUGUAUCAGAAAAGGAGCAAAAAAAAUACAAUUUGCCAAUUUCCAUGAUAGCCUCCUGCCACAAGAGUCUUAAGUGUGCCGAUGUCAUUGGAGUGGUCCACGAUGUGUCCAACCGAUGGACCAAAGAUGCCCUUCAUAAAGAUGUCCUCUCCAUACUGAACCUUGUAGAAGACAUACCAGCCUUUUUGAUUUUAAACAAGGUUGAUAUAUUGAAAUCUAAGAAGCAAUUACUAUCAAUAAUAAGAAAUCUUACAAAUGGAGUGAUAGCUGGCAACCCUAUACCAGGACCAAAGAAUAAAGAAAAAGAUAGUAAGAAAAUUGAAACUGGCUAUAGCAAAUUCUCUGACGUUUUUCUUGUGUCAGCCCUGAAAGGAGAUGGUGUAGCAGAAAUAAAGGAAUACCUGAUGAACAACGCAAAGCCAGCCAGCCUUCAGUACUCACCCGAGGAUUGGACCGACCAAGCUCCAGAGAAACUCAUAGAGGAGGCGGUUCGCGCGAAAUUCCUCGACUUCCUACACCAGGAGAUUCCAUACAAUCUCAAAAUACAGUUGGAGUAUUAUGAGGAAGUGGAAGAGGAGGAUAGAAUUAUUAGUUACGUGUCAGUAGAAUGUCCUUCGGAGCGCCUGAUGCGGCUGAUCAGCGGCGCCGGCGGCGGCAGGCUACAGCAGAUCAAGUCGCAUGUAAGGCAAGAUUUGAUUGAUUUGUUUAAGAAAUCUGUUUCCAUUGAUAUUAAGCUGUCUGUUUCGCCUAAAAAGGAUUAGUUAUUUAGUUUUUGUAAGUGUAGAUAGUUUUUUCAAUACAAUGUAUUUAUUUAUAAAGUUA